AAAAAAAAAAAAAAAAAAAGGAAUCUUAUUUUAUGAGUUCUUGGUUUCCAAAAGCUUUAGAGGAAAAAAAAAAAAAAAGGAAAAAAAGAAAAAAAAGAAAAAAGAAAAAAAGACAAGAACUCAACAGUUAAUUUCUCGUUUCUUGAUUUAAAUUUGAGCAUUUGGGUUUUGCAGACUUACCUUUGAUUGCCGGAGAAACAGAGUAGUAAUAUGAGGUUUUUCUUGACGCAAAACGUAAACUUUAUUUAUUUAUUUUUCAUUUGAAAUUUAUUAAUGUAUCUGAUAAAAUAUUUCAAUUCAGUUUUUGGUAAUGGGAAUUUCUCUUUGCUGCUAGAUGAGAGAAAGGUUGAGGGUGUUUGUUGGAGAUGAAUGUGGAGGGACUAAGUGGAACUUAAAUAGAUAGCAAAUACGAGGUUUUGGUUUCCAAAGUAUUUGGAAGAUUGGUGGUUUUGGUGAAUGGAAGAGACAAGUAUUAAAGGUGAAAUGACGAGCAUGGAGUUGGAACUGGAAAUUCAAAAGAGGAAGAGUGAGUAUGAAAGCCUUGAGGCCAAAUUCAGGGAAUUAGAAUUUCAGAAGCUUAACAUUGAAGAAAAGUUAAAGGCUUUGAAGAGAGAGAACGAUGAACUUCAGGGGCAGGUUAAUUGUGGUAAAGAUGAGAAGGGAGAUUGUACAAGGGAGAAGGGAAUGGAGAAUGUUGUUGAUCUUACGGAGGAUGAUAACUUGGACGAAGAUAAGGUUUUUCAGCUGAUGAUAGAGAACAAUGUAUUGGAGUGUGAGAAGAAAAAGGCUGAAAGGGAGGUUAAGUUCUGGCAGGAAAAGUUUAAGGAAUUGGAGUUACGUAUCUCUCAUCUGAAUGAUCGUUCGAUCUCAAAAGGCAAUGAACAGCCAUUGGCUGAAAGGAGAGAAGUGGGGUUGUCUUCUGAGAAUGAGUUGCAAGCUGGAGCUGACUUGGGUUACAUGCUAAGCAAGGACGAAGGUGCAGAUUUGGUGCGUUUUGGUGAGAUUGGCGGUAAAAGGAAUGACAAUCUGCAACCAGCAGGCUUUCCUUAUAAUGAGACACCAUGUAAGCAAUCAAAUUGUAUCAAAGGAGAAGAGAAAGGUUCCCAUACAGAAUCUGGAGUGGAUUACACUAUCUGUCAAAAGGGUAGAAAACAACUGAUUUUCAAGGAAGAGACGAGCCCCGUCAAGAAAAUGGCUCCGUCAACACCAGGUGGCAUUAGACCUUCCUCUUUCGGCAUCAUCAAUAUUGCUGACAGUGAUGAUGAUGAGCCCAAUAAUAUCCAUAAACAAUUGCCAAUCGAUAAUCAGGGAAGCGUUAAGACUGCCCAAUUAUCAGAUUAUUCAUUAGGAGGAAAUAUAGGUGGUGAAAAAGAAAUGACCUCUGAAAACAGUUUGAAGGGGACAAUUCAUGACCAGAAUGAUGAGGACGAUACAGAUGCUGGCAAAGGAACUAACACACUGGCUUCAACACCUAAAAGAAAACGAGCUUCUAAUUUUGUUGUUAGUGAAAGUGAGAGUGAUGAUGAUAACAUUCCAAUCUGUAAACUCAAGAGGAUGCGUCUUCAGGAAAUAGGUCAAGAUCAUGUUGGGUUUGAUCUUAAUAGCAACUUGGCAAAGGCUACUACUUCUGUGAAUGACAAUGACAUAGGUACUGUAACCCCUCCAAGGAGGCGUCUUGUGGCAUUGAAAAAUUGCAGAAGAAAAGGUAGGGUGGAAAGGAAGUCUCCAUUUCUUACUAGUGAAACUAAAACUGAUCGAGGAGUUCAUACAAACAAAGAUUCAGAAGAUGAGGAACCUGAUGAGGUUGGCUCAGAUGUUGAAGAUGAAGGCUUGGAUGAUUUUAUUGUUAGUAGCUCUGAUGUUUCUGAAGGUGAUUAUGCUUCUAGUGAGUCACAAGAUCUAUCCGAUGGCAGUGUGGACUACAGAGAGAUUAUAUCUACUCUUCAAAGGAAAAAAGAUCAUAUAUCAAAGUGGAACUUUGAGGCGGACAUGCUUGCAGCAUUUGGUAAGGAUCCCGAGCUGUGCAUGAAGGCUGUAUGUGCUCUUUAUCGGCAGCAAACUUCUGAGGAAAAGAUUUGUAAAGGAACCUUGUACUCCAACCAACGUGGUUUUAGCAAGUUUGAUGCUCCCAGGGGCACUACCUUGGCCUUUUUUUUAACUGAUGGGGAUCCAGAAGGCGAUCUGAAAAAAUCUGUACAGGAGUUGCAGGAGUAUGACCCCAAGGCCAUCAAACUGUGCAGAACACUGGCAACUCACUACUCUAAGCAACUGUUCGAGAUUUAUAUGAACCGAGAGGAUCCUUUCUUUCUCCCUGAUGACGCCAUCUAAGAUCCCACUUGGAAGUUAUUAUGACACAAAUUUCUCUGCUACAAGUUUGCAGCCAGAGAAUGUCUUUCUUUUUGUAGGCCUUUGAUGCUCUAUAUAUAUUAUGUUGGUUAUGUUUUAUGUUAAAAAGUAGGCCAUUUGUAUAUAACUUAGGCCAUCGGAAGUAGUUUUGAGUGUUCAUUUGUAUGCUGUGCCAUAAACACGUGCUUAUCGUUGUACAUGCUUCCCAAAGGAAUAUGACUAGUACCUUUUGAGUUGUGCAGUUA